AUUUACUGGGUGCCUGCUCUGUGCAGACGUUGUUCAAAAUGAACUAAACAGAUCAGURCAUGGCCGUAGUUUGCACAUGGUAGGACCGGCUGGAGUUGAUAUUUGAGCUGAGACUUCAGUGACAAAGAGCCGGCUACGCAGAGAUCUGGAGAAACAGCUUUCCAGACACUGAGAGGACGCCUUCCAAAGACUGAGCCUGUCCGGCUCGGGUAGCCAGGAGAAGUCGGAGAGGUGGGCAGGGCGAGAUGGGGCGGAGCCCAGACAAAUGAAAACCAGACCUGGGGAAGUCCUUAUUGAUUGCUUAGAUUCAAUUGAAGAUACCAAAGGGAAUAAUGGAGAUAGAGGAAGACUCUUAGUAACAAAUUUAAGAAUUAUCUGGCACUCUUUGGCAUUGCCCAGAGUCAAUCUUUCUAUCGGUUACAACUGCAUAUUGAAUAUUACAACAAGGACUGCUAACUCUAAAUUACGAGGUCAAACCGAAGCUCUUUUUAUACUAACAAAGUGUAACAGCACUCGCUUUGAAUUUAUAUUCACAAAUUUGGUUCCUGGAAGCCCUAGACUUUUUACUUCUGUGAUUGCAGUACAUAGAGCAUAUGAAACUUCUAAAAUGUAUCGUGAUUUUAAAUUGAGAAGUGCGCUAAUUCAAAACAAACAACUAAGAUUAUUACCACAAGAACAUGUAUAUGACAAAAUCAAUGGAGUAUGGAACUUAUCCAGUGAUCAGCGUUCGAUAAAGAUUAGAGAUUCAAAAUUUGGUUUAGCUCUUGUCAUAGAAAGCUCUCAACAGAGUGGAGGAUAUGUUCUUGGCUUUAAAAUAGAUCCUGUGGAAAAACUACAGGAAUCAGUUAAAGAAAUCAAUUCACUUCACAAAGUCUAUUCUGCCAGUCCUAUAUUUGGAGUGGAUUAUGAAAUGGAAGAAAAGCCACAGCCCCUUGAAGCUCUGACAGUUGAACAAAUUCAAGAUGAUGUAGAAAUAGAUGCUGAUGAUCACACGGAUGCAUUUGUGGCUUAUUUUGCUGAUGGCAAUAAGCAACAGGAUCGUGAACCUGUAUUUUCAGAAGAACUGGGGCUUGCAAUAGAGAAAUUGAAGGAUGGAUUCACACUACAGGGACUUUGGGAAGUAAUGAGUUGAUCUUGAGUUGAGCUGGAUUUCUAUUUAAAGAUAUCUCAAGAUUACAGACAUUAGUCGCCUACUAUAAGGCAUGGAAUAGUUUUUAUAUUUACAGCUUUUAUAUUUAAAGCUUUUAAGAGAGUUUUUUAAUGAUUAAGAAAAAAUAUUUUUAGAAAACUCUGUUUUCUAAAAAUUAUAUCUAAAAUUGUAAUUGAAAUGUAUCUAGCUUGUAAAAUGUUUAUUUUGUAUCUAAUACUUGUAUAAGU